AUGGAAUUAACUAAAAAUGAGGAAAAAAAGCCGCCGCCACUCGUUGAAAUAUUUUUGGACCCAAAUUCUUUGGAUUCCCUAUCAAAUUCUUUAUCCUCAACAACAACCUCAAAAAACUUUUUUUCAACAGGAUUUUCAAAAGUUUUCCACACAAGGACUCGUUUUUUGAUGAUGAUACUUUGUUUGUUGUGUUUAGCCUCUGUUUGGUCAAAUAUUUUGUGUUUUAAUUUUGCUUUAAUUUGUAUUGACCAUGCUGAGGGGAUUGAGAUGGAAGCUGUGGAACAACAACAACAAAUAAAUGGAAGUGAUGGAAGUAUGUCACUAUUGGAGAGUGUAACUGAAAAUGAAAGUUUUGGAACAAAUUCUUCUUUUUCUACUUUGGACAACAAUAAUUCGACACUUAAUAAUAACAGCAAAACACCACCAAGACUACACUUUACUGCUAGACAACGAAUUUUUCUUACGUCAACAGUUGCAUUGGCUGCUUUAAUUUCCAACUUUGCUGUUGUCUCUUUGGUAAACCAUUGUGGAAUCAGAACAGUUUUUGCAUGCUUGGGAAUGCUUUCAGCUUUAUCCACUUGUCUUUUGCCAGCUGCUAUUGAACUUGGGUUUUACUAUGUUUUAGCCUGUCGAUUUCUUCAAGGCUCAUUCACUUCAAAAUGGACAUAUUAUAAACAAAACGGCCUUUUCGUUUCUGCCUUAGUUGCCUAUGUUCAAUUAGCACCAGCAAUUACUAUGCCAGUAAGCGGUGCUCUUUGUGAAUUACUUGGUUGGCCUUCAGUUUUCUUUGCGCAUGGUGGUGCUUGUUCUAUUCUUUUCUCCCUAUGGGCCUUAUUUUUUAGAAAUAGCCCAAGUAAUAUUUUUAGUUUCAUGUUGUUUUAA